GAGGAAGAAGAAGCCAACGAGGAGAGCAUGAGCAGAAGUCCGGUGAAAUCUCUAGGAUGACACUGAGUGGAGAUGAAUCAAACGCUCCUGUCAGACUCAGAGGACAAGAGAAGAAAGUGUGAUUCUGGGAUAAAGGAGAACAAGAGGUGACAAAUGCUGCACAGCAGGGCGUGCAUGAUUGUCUCUGAAAGAUUUGGAUUCCCUAAAUGACCAAAGGAGGUUCUGGAUCCGAAACCUGAGCUCAAGGAAUAAAAGUUUCAUCUCAGGGAACCAAGCGGAUAAACUUCUAGUCUGACUUGAAGCCUCUCCUGUCCAGCCACAAUGCCCGAACAAGUCCACAAUUUCCAGGGUCAAAGCUUUCACAAGCUGAAGCGGGCCUGCUUGCGUCGAGGUGGCCUCUUCAAGGAUCCCCUGUUCCCUGCCACUGCCCAGUCCCUCUUCUACAAGAGGGAGCCCCCGCCGGGACUGACCUGGAAGAGGCCGAGGGAGAUAUGUAAGGACCCCCGUCUGUUUGUUGACGGCAUCAGCACUCGUGACUUGCACCAAGGCAGUCUGGGUAACUGCUGGAUGGUGGCUGCUAUUUCCUGCUUAGCAUCUCAGCCAUCUCUUUGGAAGAAGGUGAUCCCUGAACAUGUCGAACAGGAGUGGAAUCCAAAGCAUCCUGAUCUGUACGCAGGAAUCUUCCAUUUCCGAUUCUGGCGACUCGGCCGAUGGAUGGAUGUCGUUGUGGAUGACCGUCUGCCGGUCAACGGGGAUGGAGUGUUGCUUUUCUGCCGCUCGGCGACACCACGAGAGUUUUGGAGUGCCCUGUUGGAGAAGGCCUAUGCCAAGCUAAACGGUUGCUAUGAGGCCCUGGAAGGAGGAAACACUACAGAGGCACUGAUCGACUUCACUGGUGGGGUUUCCGAACCCCUCAGCCUGGAUCGUGAGGCUCUCAGCCUACACAGCGAUCAGAGGAGGGUAUUUUUCCAGACGCUGACUAAGGCCCACGAACGCAAAGCCCUCAUCACCUGCUCCAUACGGCCAGCAGAGGGGGAAACAGUGGAGUCGGUGUUGGACUGUGGGCUGGUGCGAGGUCACGCCUACGGGAUCACAGCAGUGAGGAAGGUGAGGCUGGCGGAAAAGCUACUACAGGCGGGCGGGAUGACCCGACUCUUCAUGGUGCGCAUGAGAAACCCAUGGGGGACCACGGACUGGACGGGUGCCUGGAGUCAGGGGUCGCAGCAGUGGCAGCAGAUGAGUCGUGCAGAGAGAGAGAAGAUGGGUCUCAAUGUUCGAGACAUUGGGGAGUUUUGGAUGGAUUUCAAGGAUUUCUGUCGCUACUUCACAGAUGUGGUGGUGUGCCGGCUGGUGGAAAGGAAUCUUUUGUGGCCAAGCUCUCACUGGAAAGAGGUGCGCCACUAUGGGGAGUGGGCUCCAGCUCCCGCCUCCCUAGGAAGCCCGCCACCCACCACUGUCCUCCACAACAACCACACUCUGAGCUUGGGGAGGAACAACGUCAAACCUGGAGGGACCAAGCAACGAGGUAACCGGAAGGAGGCCAGACUUGGGGAGAGUCAGCAAAGAGGAGGAAGACGAUGUGAGCAAAACAAGGCUGUGAAGAAAGCGACAAAGGAAGAUGAAGGUGGAGAGGUGGGAGGAUGGGAGGCGCAGAUGGAUAAGAGGAGCCGAUGUGGAGGAUGCAUCAACCACAGAGACACUUUCCUGCACAAUCCACAGUUCAUGUUUGAUGUUAGAGACAAAGAGGAGGAGGUGCUGAUCUGUCUGCAGCAGGAGGACAGGAGGAUACGGAGAAAAGAUGGAGGAGGAGAAAACCUGCCUAUCGGCUUUGAGGUGCUGAAGGUGGAGGUGAACCGCUGCAGUCGGGUGCAGUGCGUGGUGGAGCAGGCGGCCAGCUCAGUCUACAUGGACUCCCGCAGUGUGACGCUGAGGGGGACUCUUUCCCCAGGGCGCUAUGUCGUGCUGCCCACCACGUUUCUUCCGGGCGCCACAGGAAACUUCCUCCUACGCCUCUUCUCCCAUUCUCAUGUCAGACUCAGGGAACUGAGGGAGGAUUUGCCGUGUCCCUCUGUCUUCCAGUGUUAUCUACCUCAACCCACUGUGGUGACCACAGUCCACCUCCGCAGAGCAUCAGGACUCAGCCCUCCCAAACAGACAGCUCCAGAUGUUUACGCCGUAGUUCGCUGUGAGAAUGACACCAUCAGGACGCGGGUUUUCAAGGCGGAUGCAAACCCUGAGUUCAACCUCCGAACCAUCUUCUACAGGAGAUACCCCAACGCACACAUCUCUAUUGAGUUGUGGAGCAGAGGUCGGCUGUGGGACUCGGUGCUGGGCAGGGCUCGACUCCAAACAUCAGAGUCCGAGAGGAGUCGGAGCUACGUGAUCGAUCUACGAGGUGGCCAAUCCUCUUCAGAUUACCCACGGAGCAUCUACGUUGAGACGUCCUCCAGCGUCUGCCUCACAGACUUGUGACAGCAUGAUCUGGUCACCUUAGCAACUACCAAACCAUGGCAACCGCCAGGUGAAAAGUGAUGGACAAAUGAAGGUGCUGCAGUUGCAUUCACAAAUUUUGCACUAAUCUGUGUAUUUAACUAAAACUGAGCAACUAAAUAAAGUUUCUGUUAUUUAAAAAAAGGUUCUGUGGUGAUCUGCUGGUCAGAUAUGCAGGUGAGUCGUCCAGCAGUACAUUAAAAACAAUUUAAACUGCUGCCAAAAUAUGUGUUUUGUGUUAUUAUAUUUAUUAUAUUAUCAUUACUGUUAUUGUCAUGUG